AGGGGUGGAGCUCUGGGACUCUGCAGAGGUGGCAGCCACAGCCAAGUAACCUGAAGAGAAGCCGUGAGUUCUUUCCUCACUCCUGGUGGCUUCAGUCCUCACGGAGGCACCUUACUGCCCUGCCUUUCCUGUACACCUCUGAAGUCCACUGUGCUUCCAUGGAGCCCAAAGACCCCACUGGGAAAGAGAAUGUGGGCACCAAGAAAAAGAACUUGACCUUCUUGCGGUCCAGACUGUACAUGCUGGAGAGGAGGAAGACGGACACCAUGGUGGAGGGCGGUGUUUCUGGGGACCACUCAGGGGCCUUGAGGAGGAGCCAGUCGGACAGGACCGAGUACAGCCAGAAAUUACAAGAAAAGAUGACCCCACAGGCCAACGGCCCCGCAGCUGCCAGCCCGAGCUCUGAGGAAGAGCACCAGGUGGAGAAGAUGAUGGCAAAGCGGGCCAACAUCAUCAAAGAGCUGAUCCAGACAGAGAAGGACUAUGUCAAUGACUUGGCGCUGUGCGUGAGGGAGGUGGUUCAGCCCCUGAGAAACAAACAGAUUGAAAGGCUGGAUGUGGAGAGCUUGUUUAGCAACAUUGAAUCUGUGCAUGAGAUAUCAGCCAAGCUGCUGUCCUUGUUGGAAGAGGCCACAACCAAUGUGGAACCGGCCAUGCAAGUCAUAGGAGAGGUGUUCUUGCAGAUUAAGGGGCCGCUUGAAGAGAUUUAUAAGAUCUACUGCUAUCAGCACGACGAGGCACAGAGCGUGCUGGAGUCUUGUGAGGAGGAGGAGCUGAUGCGACAUGUGGGCCCCUGCCUGCAGUCCUUAAAGAAAAUAUACGUGCAAGAAGGCAAAGCGAACCUACUGGACAUGGGCUCACUGAUGAUCCGGCCCAUCCAGCGCCUGAUGAAGUACCCGCUGCUGUUGUGCGAGCUGCACAAGGCCACGCCGCCCUCGCACCCGGACCGCGGGCCGCUAGAGGAGGCCUGCGCCGCGGUGAGGGCCAUCAACGUCAACAUCAAUGAGCAGAAGAGGAGGAAAGAUCUGGUUCUCAAGUACAAGAAGAAUGACGAGGACGAGUCACUCAAGGACAAAUUGUCUAGACUAAAUAUCCAUUCAAUCAGCAAGAAAUCAAAAAGAGUGACAAAUCAUCUAAAGAUUCUGACCAGAGGAGAAUCACAGGUGAAAGAUACUACCUUUAACAAAGAAGAAAAGCUAUUCAGAUCUUUAGAAAAAACUGUGAGGCAAUGUGUGAAGAAUAUCUCCUUCUGUCUUCAAGACAUACAGGACGCCCUGCCCUUUGCUCUGCAGACCGUGACAGAGCUGCAGGAGAUGUCACAGCCCCCAGACGAGGAGGAGCAGGGCUCUACAGAGACCCCAAGGAUUGCCCCAGACCCCUGCCAUGACUUUGCAGCUCACCUCCAGCAACGUGUCCUGAACCCACUGUCAGCCCUGCUGUCCUUGUUCCCAGGACCGCAGAAGCUCAUCCAGAAGCGCUAUGACAAACUGCUGGAUUACAACAGCUACUCGCAGCGGUCUGGGAGAGCCGAGUCAGACCUGGCCAAAAGGGAAUACGAGGCCCUCAAUGCCCAGCUCUUGGAGGAGCUGCAGGCUUUCAACCAGGCAGCUCGGACAAUUCUGAUGAACAGCCUGUGCAGCUUUGUCAGCCUCGUCAAGGACCUGAUGCUCGCGGCCCAGCAGGAUUACACCACCAUCUUGCCAGUGCCUCUGUUGAUCUCACACAUCUGUGAGAUUCAGAACCGAGUCCUAGUAGAAAUUCAAAAUCUGAACUUUGUAAAGGAGAACAGUGCCACCUUUAUUGAGAGGAAACUUAGCUUUGAAAAGAAGAAGCCCAUGCAGUCUCAGCCAGAUGUGCCUCCGCAAACUGACACCCACCGCUCCAAACUUCUGUCCACCUACAGCACGGAGGAGCUCUACCAAGCUAAGCGCAAGUGCAAUGCUACCCAAGAGCAUGACAUCAAUCUUCUGGAAGGAGAGUUGGUGGCUGUGGUGGAACAGAAGGAUCCCCUGGGGAGUACAAGCAGGUGGCUUGUUGAUACAGGAAAUGUAAAAGGAUAUGUAUAUUCCUGCUUCCUGAAACCCUACAAUCCAGCAAAAGCACAGAUGGAGAACAGGCACUGGGAUGAUGAUUUUGACAACAUCAGCUUCUUUGUGUCUUCACGGCCAGUGACCGACAGUGUCACGGGCACCCCAGAAGGCAGCAUCAGUGACAGCAGCUCGUCGCUGAGUGGCACUUGUGGGAAGUGUGAAACAAAUGGCACUGAUAUUGACAGUUUUCAAGAGGUAGAUGAGCAGAUUUUCUAUGCAGUUCAUGCUUUUCAAGCACGAAGUACCUAUGAACUGAGCCUUCAGGAAUACCAAAGAGUCCAUAUUCUUAGAUUCUGUGACCUCAGCGGCAACAAAGAGUGGUGGCUAGCUGAAGCUCAAGGGCAGAAAGGGUACGUGCCCGCUAACUACCUAGGGAAGAUGACUUACGCUUAGGAUAAAACCUUCACCUUCGUUUCCUGGCAAAGUGCAGACUGACUACCUCACAGAACUGACAUUCUGAAACUUCUGACCAAAAAUCGUGAAACUUCGAAACUACAUGAAGUGAUACCAUAAUCGGGGUUGAAGGAACAUCAUCCUACAUAAAGGAUUAUUUCACAAAUAUAUUACAAGUGCUAAGCCAACGGAAACAGCAAAGUGAACAGUGUAGGUCCCAACUAGGAACGGCUUAAAAGUGGACAUCUUUUGAAAGGGUUGAUGUUCUUUUAUUUUCAUAAAAGGCUGGGUCUAAGAAUAAGGUUUUUCAAUUUACUAUAAAACUUUUUUCUUACUAGAUUGCUUUUGUGUUUCAUACUUCUCACUUGCAUAUAAACAUGUUUAAAUAUACGUGUUAUGCAGUUUAUAUUUAAGUGCAUUAUAUUGCUCAUACCAUUACAUCUUUAUACCAGAGCAUGUACUAAAUACACAUAAGAAUAGGGAUUAGUUAACAGUGAACUAGAAGUCUUUGACAUGGCUUCUUUAAAAUAAGUUAUGAACUAAAGGAAAAAACUGAGUAAUGUGACAAUAUCUAACACUGACUGAAUGGAUGCUAUAUGAUAGACACUGCUUUAAAUGCUUUAUAUGUGUGGUAGUAACAUAUUUAAUGCAACCCACAGCCCACACAGGUGGAGUAAUUGUAUUCAAGUCACACUGCUAAUAAGUGGUAAGGCUGGGUACCUCAAACCUACGUACUCUGUUUAGUGGGUCCACGCUCCUAAGCAUGGCAUUGUGCUCCUCCAAGGCUGCACACGCUUGUAAUCUACCAAGCACUUGAUGGUAAGAAUCACGACCUGAAAAGGACCCAUCAUUAUCCUUUCAUGCCCGUCUUUAAGUAUUUAGGCGUUUUGCAAACUUAAGGGCUAUAAAGACUUCCAUUUUAGCCUAGGAAAAAACAAGUUUUUAGGUUUAUUAUUUCUAUUUUUAUUGUUUUGCUUAAACAUUUUGAAAGUAUAAUUGUUUAAGAAUAUGUUGCAUGAUUGUUAAUGACACUUUAAUGAGGAAAUAUUUUUGGAUCACUCAGUCAUUGGGAUGAUGAGUUGGGAGUGUGUGUUCUGUGUUCUGAGCCAAGAUGUAUGUAUUUUCAGUUGCUGAUUUGUACUUAGAGAAGGCAGGCAUUCAGGAUAACAUCUGCUAUCACACUAUGUCCAGGGACAUGGAACUUUAAUUUCAGGCAUAUUUUCUCAAGAUACUUUAUCAAACUAAAGAUUGUUUCCUGCCACAGAAAAAAUUAAAUUACAGCUGACAGCAGUGGGUUCUUUUCAAAAUUAAAUUAAGGUGGACUUUCACUGUCCACAUAAUGUGCUAAUAUGGCAUUAAAUUUUAAGAUUUAUUACUCUAUUUGAUCCCUAUAACGGGUAACAUUACAUGUAUUACUGAGAAAAACAUACACAAAAUGAAGAGUGCUACUUUUCAGAGUAGCUGACUUUAACACACACAGACACACAAAUACAAUCACAGAAAUUCAGAAGAUAUUUACAUAACAGGAAAAAAUGCACUUUAUGAUGUUGUUCCUAAGAUCAUUAAUCUAAAAUAGCUUUAUAAAAUUUUACUAAGCUAUAUAAAAAAGAAUUGAGCUGUGUUAUGUACAUGUACCAGCUUCUCAUGAGGAA